AUGAAUCAAGCACCGAAAGAAAAGCUUUUCAAGUCGAAAUAUGGUAACGGUGAAGGGCUGUGUAACACUCAGAAGAAGAAAUAUGCUACUAUAGGACCCGUAACAGGACCGCCGGAUCCACAUAAUUUCCUUAGAAAACAUGCAGGGAGACCCUGUUACCCUGAGUAUGUAUCUAAAGAAAUCCCUAAAAAACAACCAGCGCCGCCGGCUAAAUCUAGAAUCGGUGUCCCAAAAUUAUCGGAGUGUCUUAGAUCAGAAAUAUUAUCUGAAACAUGGGAAAAUUACGAAAUUGAUAACAUAAGCCACGUUAAUAAAAUGAAGCCCGUGGAACAACCUAAAUCUUCGGUCUUCGUUGAUCGUUAUAGUUCUACUGUUACUGUGGAGCCCAUAUCUCUUCAAACUUUUGGAAGAAUUGCACUUUAUAGAAAAAAGUAUCCAAGGCAAAGUAUUUUCAAGACUUCAAGUCAACUAUGGGAGGAAUACCACAAUGAAAUUUUGCUAAAACAAGAACAAAUGAGAUUACCGCCCAUCGAGAAAAAACAGAGAAAUGAAGCAGAAAUGAGGCAGUUUAUAAAGGAUAUCAAAAAAGUUUUUCGAUAAUUUCUCAUUUAUAUAUUAUAUUGUUUAUUUUUAAGUGAUUUAUUAUCUUAUUACAAUGC